AUGGAUCGUUUGAAGAAAUUUUUGGCUGAUAAGAAGAUCAGUAAAAAUUUUAAGAAGGCAGGCAUUGGGCAUAAACUUACGGAUGACCCGUCUGAAAAUGUCUUAUUGGAAGCGGGGCAUUCUAAAAUCAAUGCAAAUAAGGUUUUUUUUUCUGUUUUUUGUUCCUUUAAUACUUUUUUAUUCAUUAUGCAAAAUUCUGAUAUGUGUGCUGAUGAAUUGUUAUUGCAGAUGCGAAAAUAUAUUGAAGAUUUUUUGCGCCAACAGUUGCAUGAUGAUUCCAUAGUCGCUUCUGUUUUGAUGCUUUUUUCACUUAAUGAUUCAAAGAAAUGUCAGUCAGCAUCGGAAAUAUUGCAAAAGUAUCUUAGAAAUUUGAUUGAAAAUCCUCAUGAUGAAAAAUUUCGUCGUAUUAGAUUGAGUAACAAAGUGCUUCAGGAACGUGUAUUAUGUGCCAAAGGCGGUUUUGAAUUUCUUCAAGCUUGUGGUUUCGAAGAAGUUAAUACAAAAGCUGAAGAUACUGCUGCUUUAAUACAAGCCAACGAAAUUCUGCAAAGUGGCCAAAUGAUUCCACUGAAAUUGCAUAGAAAUCCCUUAAUAUAUAGGUUAGAAGAUGGCCAGCGGUUAGAUAAUGUGGAGCUUUCACCUGAUUUUUAUAAUUUAUCUGUUACUGAAAUUAAAGCUGAACAAAAAUUAAGGCAAGAAGCGCUUACGACGCUUCGAACGCGUGAAAUGAGAGAACGUGAUGAAAAACAUGCUUCUCGUCAUUACAAGUACACCUUAUUAAGGAUCAGAUUUCCAAAUAAUUACCUGAUCCAAGGUACAUUUGGUUCUGAAGAGCAAUUUGGUGCGGUACGAAGAUUUAUCCAAGAAUAUCUUGCUAGUGUGGAAUUGCCCAUCUUUGUUAUUAUUGAUGCAUUAUCAGGUCGCAUAAUAACAGAUGAUUCAAAAUCGCUGAAUGAGCUUAAGUUGGUGCCUACUUCCAUACUGUGUUUCGAAUGGGAUAAUGAUAUCAAAAACGAACUUUUAAAUCACUAUACUGAGGUUUUUUUGAAAAAUUAA